CACCACUAGACAUAGACAGACAGCAUGGGUAGCGCGGCGAGGUACCUCUUCUCCGUGUUCGACAUCACGCGGCAGGUCUUCUUCGAGACCCCGUUGUCCCUCGGCAUAGUCAACCUCAAGCCCCUCCGGCCUGGCCACGUGCUAAUCAUCAGUAAACGCGUCGUGCCGCGCCUGGCGGACCUCGAGCCGCGCGAGGUGUCCGACUUGUUCCAGACUGUGCAGCGCGUCGGGCGGGUCAUCGAGUCGGCGUACAAGGCUGAGGCGCUGAACAUUGCGUUGCAGGACGGUACGGCAGCGGGCCAGUCAGUCCCCCAUGUCCACGUCCACAUUAUUCCCCGGUUGCGCACAGAUUUCGGAGGCAAGGACACGGACAAGGUCUACCCGCUGCUAGAGCGCAGCGAGGCGGCGCUGGAUGCCGACCUGGCUGCUGGGCCUGGGGACGGCUCGCAGCGACCAGCGACGCCGUUCACGCCGAGCGCGACGCACGACGAUAUCGGCGGGUGGGACGUGCCCCCCGACGCGGAGCGCAAGCCGCGCUCCGCGGACGAGAUGGAGGCCGAGGCGUCCUGGCUCUCGGGGCUGCUGGCGGCCGCCGGCGUCCAGAGCUCUUCUGGCGCAUGUGCCAGUGCCGGCAACCGCCCCACGAGCGCAUAG